AUGGAAAACUUCACCUCUGGAGGAACAUUCUUCCUCAUGGGCUUCUCAGAUAUUAGGGAGAUCCAGAUCUUACAUGCAGUCCUGUUUUUGCUAAUUUAUCUAGCAGCCAUACUGGGGAACCUUCUCAUCAUCACCCUCACCACCAAGGAUCAUCGGCUCCACACUCCAAUGUACUUUUUCCUGAAGAACCUGUCUUUUCUGGAUCUCUGCCUCAUUUCCAUCACUGUUCCCAAAUCCAUCAUGAACUCUCUAAUGAAUCAAAACACAAUUUCCUUUCUUGGAUGUGUUUCACAGGUCUUUUUCUUCUUCCUCUUAGCCAGUACAGAAGUAGCACUACUCACAGUCAUGUCCUAUGACCGCUAUGUUGCCAUCUGCCAUCCUCUCAGAUAUGACAUCAUCAUAGGCCAUGAAGCUUGCAUACAGAUGGUCACCUCUUCAUGGAUCAGUGGAUGUCUCAAUGCAAUUCUUCAUACAGCUUCUACCUUUUCCAUACCCAUAUGCGGGCCUCCUGAAGUUAAUCAGUUCUUCUGUGAUGUCCCACAACUCCUCUCUCUUGCCUGUUCAUAUAACAUUGGGGAAUUAGUAGUCAUUGGCCUCAGCCUACUGUUAGAUUUUGGCUGUUUUGUGUUUAUUGAUAUUUCUUACUAUUAUGUAUUCUCCACUGUGCUGAGGAUGCCCUCUGUAGAAGGCAGGCACAAAGCUAUCUCUACAUGUUUGCCUCACCUCAUUGUUGUGAUUCUGUUUCUCUCUUCUGGGUUUUUUGCCUAUUUACACCCCUUAUCCAAAUAUCCAUCACUCUUUGAUUUGCUAGUUUCAGUAUUCUAUACUGUGGUGCCACCCACCAUAAACCCCCUCAUCUAUAGUCUGAGAAAUAAGAAUAUGAAGAUGGCACUAAGGAAAUUAAUGAGUAAGGAGGAAGCAGUGCUGUUAAGAAUCUUCAUAAUGCACGAGAAGAGGUCAAACAUCAACAAGAAUUUAAAUGAAAGUGAUUUUAAACUUCAUGGGUGA